AUGUCUACUCUUUUAUCAUUUGAAGAUGAAAAAAACAAAAUUUUAAAAGAAAUAAACAAGAUCCCAGACAUACGUAAAAUAAAUAAUGACCUACAAAUACGAUUAAAUGAAUUAACAAAGCAAUCUGCGGAAUAUUACCAAUGUGCUAUUAAUAAUUAUAAAAUCUGUAAUGAUCAAGAGAAAGUCAUUACCAGUUUAAAACAAGAAAUUCAGGAAAACGCUAAAAAUGAAGAAGAAUUAAAGAAGAUUAAAGAAGAACUAAAGGAUAUUAAAGAAAAAAAAGAUUCUUUAACGAAGGAAUAUGAACAAAAAAAACAUACAAUUUGUAAUUUCUCACAAAUUAAUUCAGAAUUAAAUAACAAAAUUAAAAAUCAACAAAAAGAAUUUGAAGAGCAGAUUAAUAAAAUUAAAGCCCAACAAGAAGAAUAUGAAAAAAGAGUUAAUGAAUUAAACGCUCAAAAUGAAGAAAUAAAACUACAGUUAGAAACAAAAGAUGAUGAAAUUAAAAAUAAAGCACAAGAAUUAAGUGAUAAAACAAAAGAAUUUGAAGAGCAGAUUAAUAAAAUUAAAGCCCAACAAGAAGAAUAUGAAAAAAGAGUUAAUGAAUUAAGUGCUCAAAAUGAAGAAAUAAAACAAAAAUUUGAAGAAUCUAAAAAUGAUAUUAAAUCAUAUAAAGGGAUUAUUGAGGGUUAUGAACAACAAAUAACAAAUUUAAAUAGUCAUAUAAAUGAAUUACAAAUGCAAAAAGAAAAAGAUAAUAAUAAUCUUCAAAUACUGAGAGAAAUACAAAAGAAAGAGAAAGAAGAAGAAAACAUUAAAAAUAAAAAAGAAGAAGAGGCUAGAGAAAUAAUAAAAAAUAUGAGAAUUAACUCAACUGUUAUAAGAAAUACAUCUUCUUCUCCUCUUAUUUUUUAUCAAAAAAGACAAAAUACAAAUAAUACUUUUGAAGUAAUGAUUUAUUGUAGUGAUGAAAGAUGUUCAUUUAUUGGUAUUCAUAAUCCACAAGUUAAUAGUAAUAAUAGAUAUAUUAAUUUACAAGUAAUUCAAAACCAUUUUGCUAUUUUCAAUUUAUUACCAGGAACUUAUCAUGUUUGCUCUUAUUCAAAAGAAUCAUUGGAGAAUAUUGGUUUUGUUGAAGUGACAAUUCAACCACAAAUGUAA